GCAACCUUCAAAUAAACUAAUCAAAAUGGCAUUCCGUUACAUGUUUCUACUCAGUGUUCUGGUGGUCCUGGUACAAGGAUCGCAUCUGGAUAUAAUUGAGCAUGAAUCUCUGGAAGGAGGUGUAUUGGCUGCAGCUUCUUUGGCCGGAGUUUCCCAAGGACGUUCAGCUGUUGCUCAACCUCAGCGCUCAGAGUCUUCACAUGGUUCGGCUGGUCGGUUGGCUGUGUCCCCUAUCAGUGGCUCUCGGACUAAUGGAGCUACUGGUGGAUCCCUUAAUCGACUUGCAGCCGGAUCCCUUAAUCGUUCUGUAAGCAGCUCCCUAAAUCGGCCCACUGGCACAUCCUACAAUCGUCCAAGUGGUGGAAACUUAGUUCGUCCAAUUGGAGCAGGACACGGCAACGUUCAUGGAAAUCGCAAUCGUUUCCAGAAACCUCAUUAAUCCUAUAAUGAACCUAUUUUUUUGUAAUCCGAUGCACUACAUAAACUAUACCCAUACUUUCCUCUAAAUAAAGCUAUUUUCAAGCAUA